AUGGCUGAGAUUGAGAUGGAUGUUGACUUGGCCCCGUCAAUCAAAUUUGACGAGCAGGCCGACGAUGACCUCAUCGACUACGACAUCGAUACGACCGAAGACCAGACUCACGACCAAUGGCCAUCUCACCAGGAUGAGCAAAACUCAAGUGCGCCAGAGCAUGUGCACCCAGGCGAAGAUUAUGUAGGUACCGAAUCGAAAAAUACCGAACUCGAACACGACGAAGAACGCUUCCAAGAUACGGGAGCAGACCGCCCUCAUGACGAUGCGGUGUACAACCAUGACGACAUUGCCGAAGAAUCCCACCAGCCGGCAGAAGUAGCCGCCGAACUACAUGAUGAAAAUGUUGCUUUGGAAACGGAACAAUCCAAAGAUGUUGUCGUUGUUGAGUCCGAACAGGUAGUAGAUGAGAUUGAUUACGAGGAUGGCGAUGAAACGGCGACAAAUGAGCCAAUCCAUCAUCUAAAUGAGGAAGAGAAUCCUGUGCACGACACCAUCACUGUGGAAGACGUCGCCGAUGCCGUUGUGGCAGAGCCCGCCGUACCUCAGCCACCAACAGAGCCUGCUGGUAAUGCUGACGUGCCGGAGUCAGCAGCUAAAGAUGAUGAAGAUGAAAUAACGUGGGAGCAUGAGGAUGAACCAGAGGCUGCCAGUGGUGCUGCGGAGACCAUUGUUUCCGAGACAGUCAUUCCACCCACGAAUGAAGGCUCAUACGAGCACCCUGAAACCCAGAAUAGUGAUUCACACGACCAGGCGUGUGAGCAGCACACUAAUGCAACGGGCUCUGAUAACGAGGAGACAAUGGUGGAUGGCCCGGGAGAACAAGAUUCUGUGGAAUAUCAGCAAGACGAAUCGCUGUCACAGCCCGAGGAGCCAACCUCUGAUGAACACGAUUUCCCAGCCAUCACUGUACAAUAUAAAGGGGACGAAUUUCCAUUCUUUUCACAAGAUAAAACGCAAGGUUUCUUUUCUGACGUAUCCGCCCUGGAUCACUCAAUGGACUCGGUGCUGGCUGGCUUUCGAGCAGAGCUAGAAAAUGAAAUCGCAGCACAAGAUGAACUUGUCUUUCAAGUCGACGAACUCGGGCUUGAAUUUACAGAGACCACAGAACAAAAGUCACUCGCAGCCAUCACACUACGACAAGUGUUGGAAGUGUUUGACUUGUUGGUGAAGAACCAAGAUCCCGAUAGUUCGCGAGUUCUAUACACGUACCUCUUCACAAGGUCGAACGCUAGCAAACGAUUUGACUUCUUGGCUGAAAGUGCGGCGGCUGGUAGGGGGCUCGAUGAAGUGAUUCAUUUGUUUGAGUCUCCUUUCGGACAUCAUCAUGCCGCCGUUGAUGCCCAUCACGGACAUGAGCAUGAUGAUGACCAUGAUGAGGCCAGCGAAACCAAUGAUGCCACAGAAACUCACGAGAGUGUUGAAGACGAUGAUGAGAAUGAUGAGAAUGAUGAGAAUGAUGCCAACGGCGGCAGUGAAGAAUCUGAGGCGUCAGAAGAAGAUGAGGAAGAGGAAGAGGAGGAAACCUCUGCCAUCGAAGAACAGCCUGUCGACACUGCGGAUCAGGAUGAAGAGGAAGAAGAAGAGGAAGUAGAAGAGGAAGAGGAAGAAGAGGAAGAAGAGGACGAUGACGAUGAAGAUUUCAUGAGAGACACUGAAGACUUCAUCGCAGAGGUUGAAGAGAUUGCGAACCAGGAGGGCGACUACAGUGAUGGCGGGGAUGAGGAGUAUAAAGAUGAACAGCUUCAGGCAGUGGUUGUAGAGCCAGUGAAUCAUUCCGACAACACGCAUGCGAAUGCGGAUGCAGAAGAUGCACCAGAUGCAACAUACUCAUAUGAUGAUGAAGAUGACGAUGCCGACGCCAACCCAUUCAUUCAUCUGGAACUUCAGGAGACCAUGGCAACCGAUGGGGGCGAGAUUCAGUACGAAGAAAUUGUACAUGUGGAAGGAGGCGAUGGAACAUCUCGCCAGGUUCCCAUGCAUCCGAUGGACGAAUAUAUUGAGUCCAACGAGCCCGACACUGGCACGACCAACACAUUGGCCGAUAAUGCCGAAGCCAUCUCUACCCUGGUAGACAUUGGCGCGGUGCAAGACGAGGAAAUUACCAACGAGGAUCUCGCCUUUGAUGACGAUAUGCCGGAGAUCGACUGGAGAGAUGGUCCAGACGCUGCCGAUGCCAAAAACGACAACGACGUGCCUACACCCUCUGGCCUACCAAAACGGCGUCGAACCGAGGACGAGCAAGGCGCAGAAGACGAACAAGACGUCAAGCGCCGCCGACCGUGA